AUGGAACUUUUGGAAUCUACUGUAUGGAGAUUAAAUAUUUCCACUCAUAACAUCACUACACAAACCAUUCAGGAUGUACUAUCAACAAUAAAAAGGAGCAAUACUAUCCUUGAUAAAAAUGAAGAAUUAUGUAAGACAACUUUGGAUAAAAUUUGGUUACAUCUAACAACACAACUAGUAGAAUUUGAUGACCAAUUAUUGAUGUCCAUUUGUUUUUAUUCUGUUUUGAGCCAUUCCAAAAAUCAGGAGUUUUAUUUAAGGAAAAUUAUAGAAACAUUAGACUAUGAUAUUGUAUUAAAACAAAGAAACAUUGAAAACGGACAAAAACUUCACUUGUCUAUAUCAUUGUGCUAUGGAAUGUUUCAAUCUUCUUAUCUUUUACAAAAGCCACAUAAAUACUUUAAUACAUUACACAAAGUUUUAGAAUUAGUAUUUUCACUACUAUCUACCAUGGCAUAUGAGUACUCACAAUAUACAUACAUAAAUUUUAAAAUUAUGUCAUCAUUUAAAAAAGUGAUAGGAACAAAAUUUCAAAAUAGUUUGUUCAAUAGGAAAUACCAAAUAAAAAUUCUAAACUUAAUCAAUCAUAACUGGGAGAAUCCAAUUACUGGAGUCAGAGGUUUGAACAGACUGAUAUUUCAAACAUUACUCCUGGUGUUGGACAGUGAUAUAUAUGAAACAGUUUUUGAAGAAAUAAAUUGUUUUUAUUGGAACAAGGCAAAAUUUUUAAUGCUUGCUGAAAUAAUAGAGGAAUUUAAAGGAAAUAUUGAAGAAAUGGUGUUGAAAAAUAACUGGAUUGAAGGCCUCAUUUAUAGUUUAAAUAAACCUGGUUUGGUAUCUGCUGGAACUGAUAUGUAUAAUUCUAUUUUAAAGAAAAUUUCUUUAGAAAGUAUUUGGAUCACAUUAUUUUUAUCCAAAGUAAUUCAAAUACUUGAUGGGUCGUCAUUUAAGGCAAUUGAAAAUUUUACUAACUAUUGGUGCUUAAAUACUUUAAAGAAGUUUCCUUCUUUAAUGCAUGUUUUUAUUAACAAGCUAAAGGAAACUGAUAAUUCACAGAACAAACAAUUAAGCACUUUAUGUAUAAUGAAACAAGGUACCAAGUUAGGAUUAAUUGAAAGAACUUGGAAUAUACUAGAAAUUGAUGAUACACUCAUAUUAAGAAGUCUGCAAAACUGCAACACAUCCAUAAGGAUGUUAGCAUUUGAAAUAUUUUGUAUAUCUCAGGGAAAGUAUUUACUAACUGAUUUGGAAUAUGAGCAAAUUUUAAGUUUUUUGUAUAACAAUGUUAACUCUGACUGUACAGUUUUAAGAAUAAGUAUGAUAAAUAGUUUAACUUCCUUUUUAAAUAAGUUACAUGCUUGUUAUUUAAACACUAUCCAAGCCAACAACAUUCAAGAUAUACGUAACUUACAAAUUUUCUGCCAGAAAUUACAGGAAUUUGUUCUUGAGUCUCUAGAGUUUAAUGGUAACUACCAAAGAAAGAUAACAACAAUUAAAAUAAUUCAUGUUAUUUUAAAAUGUUUUAAUGAAAAUUCCAAAAAGAAACAGGUGCAAGAAAAAAAUAAAUCACUGUUGCAAUGUUUAAAGGAAAAUGGAUAUUGGAUAUUAAAUGCAAAAAAUACUGUAUUUAAACUUAUUAGUUUGCUUAAAGAUCCAGCAAAUGAUGUGCAUCAAGGUGUAUUUCACUUUUUAACAGAAUAUUAUUCUGAAGAACUAAGUGAUAAAAUGAUGAUUAAUCAUUUAAUUCAAGAAGGUUUAAAAUGUAUUGGAAGUAAAUUCUUCUAUGAAGUUAGCUGUGGUCAUAAUAUAUUUCAGCUUAUCAUAAAUAUAUUAAUGAAUAAUAAUAUUGACUGUCAAUUUAAAAAGAUUGAAGAUAUUUUUGAAUUAGCCUACAAAGAAAUAACUCUGGAAUACAAUUCAAAAAGAAACAUUGUACAGUCUAUUGAAGAUGGAAAGCAGUUACAUUCCUUUUUAAGUUUAUUGUGUAUGGUUUUUACAACUUCCAUUAGAAAGUCAUAUGAGUUAAAAGUUAGAAAAGAAAAAAUAACAAUAUUACUCAGUAUUGUUGAGAAUAUAUCCAAUCAAUUUGUUAUUGAUAAUGCAACACAUACAAGCUCAGAUUUCUCAAAAAUAAAUGUUAUGGUAGAAUCUUUGAUAGAAAGUUCUGGGUGUGCACAUAGCACAGAAGAUGAGACAAAAAUUUCAGGACUACAUCAAAUUGUUUUAAACUCUUUGUGGUUGAAUGUUAAGGCAUCUUGUGAGUUAGCAUCAAUAUUAAUUCAAAAUUAUAAAAAUGAUCCUGAUAUAUGUAAGAAGUGCUUGAAUAUUAUAACUCAUGUUCUGGAAACAUCUAGACACAAAGGCGCAAUAGAAGCUGCAGGAUGCACACUAGGUCAAGGAAUUCAUUUUUUAACUUCAUUAGCAGAUGAAUUGGAUGUUUCCAAACUACCUUUUUCAUUGCUAGAAGAGAAAUUAAAUGAUUUGUUUUUUGAAACAAGCAAAAUGUCCUCUGUAACAAGAAGAGGUGCAGGCCUUUCAAUAAUGGUUCAUAGAAUUGUUAGUAAUGACAUUAAGAAAGGAAAACCACUAUUCCAUUAUUUUAUGAAAACCUUAUUAAAUAAAUGUAAUAAAUUAGAAGAUUGUCCGAAGACAGAUAGAAAUGUUGAUACUGAUGUUGAAAAGGAUCUACCUAAAGCCAUUUACAUACAUUUCUUAACAAGAAUUGUAACUGAUAGCAGUUUAGCUUCAGAGUGUAUGUACUACUCAGCAGAGUUAGCAGCACUUGCAUUUGAUAAUUUGACCAAUUCUCACUGGCAAAUAAGGAAUGCAGCCCUUCAGUUAUACGGAGCAUUAAUACCAAAACUGAUUGGUCAGAAAAAAGCUUCUGGGACAGAUGACGAGACAUUAGCUACAGUAGCUUGUGAUGAAUUUAGAACUCAUUCACCAAAACUAUGGGAAUAUAUUAUAGAACAAAUUCAUAAACCAAAUGGAACUGACAUAAUCCAGGCUCACUCUAAUUUAGUACCUAUAUUAAAUGUAUUGUCAAGUGUUGCUAGACGAUAUAAUUUUAAAUAUGAUAUAUUAGAACAAGAGACCUAUGAAUUGAGUUUAUUACCAAAUUUAUUUAAUUUACUGGGAAGCCCCAUUUACACUGUGCGAAGAAUAACUUCACAGUGCAUUAUAAACAUGUAUUCUUUUGAUAGUGUGUAUACAUUAAUAAUGAGCAAUGAAAACUUUUCUGAACAUUGUAUUCAUGGGGUCCUAUUGCUAAUUUUAAAUUGCUACAAGAUAUAUUACAAAACAUGUGAAAAACAAAUACACAACUUAAUUGAAAAGUACAGUAAUAUAGUAAAUUGUGGGAAACAUUGUUAUAUUUGCAAAUGGAAUUUAGAGAAAUUGCCAACAAAGGAAGAAAUACCCACAGUAACAGUUGAAACAAUCAAAACCAUUUUAAAUGAAGAGAAAAUCAAUAGAUAUGAGCCAGGAGUGUCUUUGUGGACAAAUAUAAAAAUUCGAAAAUAUUUAAACAAUAUUAAUUGGGAAAUUAUUCCUGAUGUAUUAAGUGUGCUCAGUGAAUUUGAAGAUUUUGAGAAAUAUUGUGAAUUAUUAAUUGAAAAAAUACAAGACAGUGAACUACCUAAAAAAAUAUUAGCUACAAUAGCUAAUACAUUAUUAUCAGGACUUUUUACAAAAAGCUCUGUGGCAUGCAAAUUGCUUUAUAUUGUCUCACAGAAAGCACAAUUUAAUUUUAUACAUAAUCAGAGCGAUAUUAUAAAAAUGUUGGAUAAUCCAUCAUACAAGAUGCGUUAUAUAGUUCCAUUUGCUUCAAGAUCCUUUGUAAUACAAGGAGAAGAUGAAAGUUUAGUAAAAGUAUCAGAAUGUAUAUACUCAUUAUGUAAUCCUGAAUAUAACGAUGUUGAUAUGAGAUAUAUAGCUACAUUGUCUAAUAAUGAACUCACUAAUAAUUUUGACAAUCAUUCAGAUUACGUCAAAAUUAAUGCUGUUAAAACUUCUGUCAUACUUUUGCAAGAUGAAGACGAAGAUAUCAGAAAUUUAUGUGUAGCGUUUUAUAAAAACAUAGUUAAAGAUAAUAUAUACAAAAAUCCCUUUAUUUGUUUGAGUAAUAUAUUAAAAAAAGAGUUUUUAUGUUCAAUUUUAUCAGAUCCAAUUUCUGGUAUAGAAAAGAUUUGUACAGAUUUGGGCAAUUUUAUUGAUUUAAUAAGCACAAGCAAAAGUGAUAAUAACAACCCUUUUGCUAAUGAUGCUAAAAAUAUAUAUCUUGAAAUAAAUGUACUGAGACGAUCCCUGGAAGAUUUAAGCAAGUCCCUUCUUAAUAAA